AUGGAUAUCCGAUAUGAUAUUUUAUCCCCAGUGGCUAGAGCUCCACAAUUGGAGGUUUCAAAGCUUGCAAAUAGUCCCAUACAUAGUCCGCGAAAACCAGAUGAUGAGAAGAAAAGUAUACGAGAGAGGAUAAGUCAACUUCCCGCUUACUUAGAGACUCCGGAAUUGGAGCUACACGAUGAACUACGACAAUUGAAAGAGGAGAGUACACAAAGGUUCAAGUCAACUUGGGCAGAAAUUAUUGAUCGUUAUUCUAAAAUAGACGAUGAAAAGGAAAGUGAUGUGCUUGAUUUAGCCACUGGUGCAAUAAUUGUUGACAAUGGCCAUCUACGGUCCUUGGGGCCCGGUGGUGCAGGCGGCAAUUCCCGUAGUCAUCACGGGCCAGAUUCCAAUAUCUGGUCAGCUACAUUUGACUGGAAGGAACAAACCGUAACCGCUCGCAAGCAAGAACAGAAUGAAAUACGUCGUAAGAGACUAAUACCACAAAGUAAUGUUAUAGAAAAGGCAAAUGUCACAGAAGGCAUCCAUAUAAAUAAACCCGAUCUUCAGCCAGACCCUAUAUCUCACCAAUCAAAAGAUUGUGAUGAUAAUAUUCUUCUAUUAACACCAUCGCCUUCCAAAAAGGCAAAACUUGGUCAGAAACAUCCUACAAUUUCUGUACCUCCAAUUUCAACUAGAGAGAAUGGUCUGCCAAGAGGGAAACUGGCAGACUAUAAUUCAGAGUCUAGUAAAAUGAAACCUGAUUCAGAAGAUAUACCUAUCCGAACUAUGCCCCUACAUCUACCUUCUUUGAACGAAUCAUUUGGAUCACUAGAUGAAUUUAUAGUGGCAGAUGUAAGUGAUAGCGAUUAUGAUUCAAACAUGCCAAAGCCUCUGUAUUUAUUCAGCGACAGUGGUUCUGAUGUCAAAGAUUCGGAGGACGAAGAUCCUGAACCUAUCCAUAUUGUUGAGUCUCUAGAUGAAGUUUCUAACGAUUCUUUUAUGGAUAAAACAAUCCCAGAUACACCGAUUAUGGAGGAUAGGAGUGGUGAAUUUGAUGAAAUUUAUCUGAUUGCGUCGAACCUAUUGAUAAACAAUACAAAGAAACCCAUCUAUACAUGCGCUAUUCCUCAGUGUCACUACCGUGCUCUGUAUAAAUCGCAGUACCAACUGCAUUUACUUGACGAACACUCUAGUGACCUCUACAUUGCUGGGUAUCAAAUGAUAAAUCCAGUGGCAGGAACAGAAUAUUCUACUGUAUUUUUGGAUACAAAAACUAUAUCAAGGCUUAAUGAAGACUUCCCUAUUCUCUGGGAAACUCCACCCCUUCCAUUUACACCUACAGGUGAGCCCAUAAUUUGUAAUUCGCCAUUACCAGGCGGGACUUUUUGUAAAAAGCCUUUCCUUUCUAAACAUGAAUUUGAAUUACAUUGCGAAAACAUUCCUGCCGGUUGUCUGCUGAAGAAACAAGUCUUGAUAUGUCCUGUGCUUGGAUGUGGAUAUAUUACAGAUGAAGGUUACUUACAAUGGCGUGAACAUUUCAUUACAGCAAAGCACCACCAUCAUGCAUCCGCUGUCAAGUCACCAACUGAAGGUGCCCGGAGUUUACCUGAAGUAUAUGAAGUGUUAUCGUCCUCUGAAGAAGAAAUCCAGGCUUCUGAUGUUGAUGAACACCAAGUAUCCUUUGAUAUCCCCAAAGUUAGUACAUCUGGUUACGAAUCAAUUGAUGAGUUAUUCAGUGAUGGUUAA